AUGUUCAUUCUCCCGGAGGCGCAUGACUCUCCGAAAGACGGCCAGCAACAGAAUAUGGCAGCGACAAAGGUUGGCUUUGGCGAAGCUGCGCUGUUCGAGAAGCAGCGGUACAGCGCGAAGCGGUCGCCUGGGAGAGUUAUCCACGUCCUCAUCGCUGCUGUGAUCAUCACUGCCCUUCUCGUAAAGACCGGCAGCCUUGGGACCGUCUUGGGGCAUCGAAACCCGGCUAAGCAACUCAAAAACAUCCAGAAAUGCUCCAUCGACACUCUGCACAAGGACCUUUCAUUUCUCGACAACGCGAGGCCGAUCCAGGCUGCAGAGUUCAUCCAAAGGCGGGAUAGGCUUGCGCGAGCCCUCGACCAGAAUGGCGUAGACGCCUUCGUCCUGGAGCCGGGAUUCACCUUCCAAUACUACGGCAAUGUUUCUCAACCGGAUUGGGAGCCAGGGGAGGCCGAGGAGCGUCCCUUUUUGAUGCUCGUGCUUCCCCAACGCGCGUCCGACGGCUCCGUGUCUGCCAAGACGGCGUUUCUCGCGGCUCACUUCGAAGAAGGCCGCGCGCGCAUGCUCGGCAUUCCCUCGCGCGACGAGGAGCUCGACAUUGUCAUCUGGGAGGAACAUUGGAACCCGUACAAGACGCUGCUGGAGUCGCGACUCUUCGCGGGCAAGAAGGAGAAGCAGCCGACGCUCAUGGUCGAGGAGGAGAUGCGCGACUUCAUCGUGCGCGGCUUGCAAAACAACGGGUUCAAGACCGUGGGCCUCUCCCCGGAGGCGGAGCUGGUGCACCAGACCAAGUCGCCCGCCGAGAUUGAAAUCAUUCGCGCCGUCAACACGGGCACCAUUGUCGCCGUGCGCGCCGUGCGAACCUGCCUCGUGCCCGGCCUGACGGAAGACGAGGUCACGGCGAUCCUGGACAACACGUUGCUCUCGAUGGGCUUCGUGACCGUCUUCAACAUCAUGCUCUUCGGGGAACACGGCGCGCUGCCCCACGGCGGCUUCGUCACCGGCGGCAAGAAGCUCACGCUUGACAGCGUCGUCAUCAUCGACGUCGGGGCGCGUUACCUGGGCUACACGUCCGACAUUUGCCGCAGCUUCCUCAUCGAUCCGCCCAAGGGGCGGCGCGUCCCCGAGGAUCCCCUCCGGGCUGAAAAGGAAAAGAUUUGGCGAAUUGUCUUCGACGCGCAGACGGCGGCUUCCGAGGCCAUGAGGUGGAACAACACGGCCGCGAGCGUGGACAUUGCCGCGCGAUCCGUCAUCGAUGCUGCCGGUUACGGAGAAUUCUUUACGCAUCGGGUUGGCCAUAGCAUUGGCAUCAAAGCGCACGAGUCGCCGUACCUGAACAAGUGGAAUACUGUGAAGCUCAGUCCUGGGAUGACAUUCACGAUCGAGCCAGGCAUUUACCUCGAGGGGAAAUUCGGCAUGAGGCACGAAGACAUUUACAGGGUCACGGAAACCGGCGAUGCCGAGCUGUUGACUGGGCGACGCGCGAGAGGCCUGUACGAUCCUUGAAAAAUGGG